AUGGAAGGCAAGGACUGCUUGAUAUUUUGCUUCGAAGAAGCAUUGAAUUAUGUUCAUAUAAAAGAACAUGUGUUUUUUGAAAUUACAUCUAUGUUAGUAGUUCAGGGUAGUUUAAGUGAUGAUAAUCCGUAUUCUAAAACAUCAUCAAUACAUAAUUGGUUACUUGGUUAUGAAUUUCCAGAUAUGUUGAUGCUUUUGACUCAAGAAAUGAUUUAUUUUUUAACGAGCGAUAAAAAGGCAACUAUAUUAGAGACUCUAAAGGAUGGUAUCGAAGCUUUUCCUAUGACAAUUUUGAGACGAUCGAAACAAGCAACAGAAAAUGAAGUAGCUUUGAAACAGGUGGUAGAUGCAAUGGAAAAAGCAGGGAAGCGUGUGGGAGUAUUUUCAAGGGAUACUUUGAAGGGUAAAUUCGCAGAUGAAUGGAAAAGUGUUUAUGGGAAAACAUCAUUUGAAGAAGUAGAUGUGUCAUUAGGAGUUUCUUUGGCCAUGGCAGUGAAGGAGGAAGAUGAAUUGAAAUGUAUUCGUCUGGCAUGUAAAGCUAGUGUUUUACUAAUAUCUACAUAUUUUGUUGACAAAAUGUCUACUAUUAUUGAUGAGGAGGAUAAAGUUUCUCAUUUACAACUAUCAGAAAUGGUAGAGCGCAAGCUUGAAGAGGAGUCGUUUUUUCGGUCAAAGAUGGGUAGUGAUUUUGAUCCAGAGCAACUUGAAUGGUGUUAUACACCGAUUAUUCAGAGUGGUGGAAAUUAUGAUUUACGUCCUUCAGCUGUUUCGGAUGAUCAUCUCUUGCAAGGUAAUGUGAUUUUAUGUUCACUUGGUCUUCGAUAUAAGUCAUAUUGCUCUAAUGUUGGGAGGACGUACAUGAUUGAUCCUAAUGAGUUUCAAGAAAAUUAUUAUGAUUUUUUAUUAUUGCUUCAGAAGAAAAUAUUCGAGAGUAUUAAGGAUGGUGUUGUUGUUAAGGAUAUAUAUAAUAAGGCUGUUGGAUUAAUUCGUGUUAAACAUCCUGAACUUGAAUCUAAAUUUGUUCGUAAUAUUGGUUUUGGUAUUGGAAUCGAGUUUCAAGAUAAGACUUUGAUACUUAAUUCAAAAAAUAAUCGAGUUUUGAAAGAUGGUAUGACUUUGAAUAUUUCAAUUGGAUUUAAUGAUAUUGAAAAUCCUAAACCUCUGCAUAUUAGAGAUAGAACAUAUAGUUUAUUGCUAAUUGAUACAAUAAAAGUAACAAAGGACGCGCCAAUUGUUUAUACGGACAGUCCAAAAUCCUAUAAUGAUAUAUCUUACUAUAAUGAUGAUGAGCCCAUUGAAAAUGAAAAUAUAUCUAAGAAAAGACCCGAACGUAAAGUUUCUGCUGCAAAUUCUGCGAUUUUAAGAAGAAAAACUAGGGGAGAAAAUAAGGAUGUUGAUGAUUCUGCUGAGCAGAGACGAAAACAGCAUCAGAAAGAAUUAGCAGAGAAAAAGCAGGAGGAAGGCUUAGCUCGAUUUUCGAAUGGUGAUGGAAUUCAAAAUGGGAUAGAAAAACCUACUCUUAAAAAAAUUGAAUCUUAUAAGAGAGACUCUCAAAUGCCUUCAUCUAUAAAGACACUCAAGAUUAUAGUCGAUAUAAAAAAUAGUAGUAUCAUUGUUCCAAUUUAUGGUCGACCUGUACCUUUUCACAUAUCGACAUUAAAGAAUGUAAGUAAGAAUGACGAGGGUGAAUUUGUUUACUUGCGACUUAAUUUUCUUACUCCUGGACAAGGUGUGGGAAAAAAAGAUGAUAUGCCAUUUGAUGAUCUUAGCGCAAGUUUUAUAAGAAGUUUGACUUUUAGAAGCUCAGAUACUCGACAUAUGUCUGAAGUUUUUUUAUCAAUACAAGAAAUGAAGAAGAAUGUUGCUAAACGUGAAGCGGAGCGUAGAGAAAUGGCAGAUGUUAUUGAGCAGGACAACUUAAUAGAAGUUAAAAAUCGUCGACCUUUAAAAUUGGUUGAUGUAUUUUCUCGUCCUGCUUUAGAUGGGAAACGUGUUCCUGGUGAAUUAGAGAUUCAUCAAAAUGGAUUACGUUAUCAGUCUCCAUUACGAUCUGAUCAUAAGAUCGAUCUUCUUUUUAGUAAUAUAAAACAUCUUUUUUUUCAGCCCUGUGAUCAUGAAUUGAUUGCUUUGAUUCAUGUUCAUUUAAAAAAUCCUAUUAUGAUUGGUAAAAGAAGGGCAAAGGAUGUUCAAUUUUACCGAGAGGCAUCAGACAUGCAAUUUGAUGAAACCGGAAAUAAAAAAAGAAAAUAUAGAUAUGGCGAUGAAGAUGAAUUGGAGUUAGAACAGGAAGAACGGCGAAGAAGAGCGGCGUUGAACAAAGAAUUUAAAGCAUUUAGUGAAAAAAUAUCUGAAUCUAAUGAAGGUGUAAUAGAUGUUGACAUUCCUGUACGUGAACUUGGAUUUACUGGGGUUCCAUUUCGAAGUAAUGUGCUUUUACAACCGACAACCGAAUGCUUAGUACAUCUUACUGAUCCUCCUUUUUUAGUGAUAACACUUUCAGAUAUAGAAAUUGCUCAUUUAGAAAGAGUUCAAUUUGGACUUAAGAACUUUGAUCUUGUUUUUGUCUUUAAAGAUUUUCGUCGUCCUCCAGCACAUAUUAAUACAAUUCCAAUGAGUCAAUUGGAUAACGUAAAAGAUUGGUUAGAUUCUGUUGAUAUUGCAUAUACGGAAGGUGUUUUAAAUCUUAAUUGGGUCACAAUUAUGAAAACUAUUAAUGAUGACCCUUUGGCGUUUUUCGAAGAGGGAGGAUGGGCAUUUUUAAAUAAUGAAUCUGAUGAGGAAAGUGCUGAAAGUGAAGAAGAAGGCAGUGAAUUUGCUGUUUCAGAAGACGACGAAAGUGAAGAAGAAUCCGAUUAUGAAGAAAAUGCUUCAGAUGACGAGUCUGAAGUUGAUGAAGAAGAUUUAAGUGAAGCUGAUGAUUGGGAUGAGCUAGAAAAAAAGGCUUCUCGUGAUGAUGCUAAAAAAUCUAGAAAGUGA